ACGCAAGCCCAAAACUCUGAGCUGUUUCACCUUCAUGGCUUCAACUUUCCUCAUUUUCUUUCUCAUUUCUGCAAAUUUUCUAUUCAUCCGAACACAAUCCCAGUUCGAGGAUCAGCUCUUCCAUGCCGGAUUCGCAGAUGGAGACUCGGAGAUGUCGUUUGACAAGGCAGCCCGGAUUCAGAAAAAUGGAAUCUUGACAUUAAUAGACCACUCAGCAAGAUUAUCAUACGGGCACGCCUUCCACAAAUUCCCUUUCCAGUUCAGAAACUCCUCCAAUGGCAGAGCUUUCUCUUUCUCCACUACUUUUGCCUUCAUCGUCAUCCCUGAAGCUCCCAAUUUCUGCGGCUCUGGCUUCACUUUCGCCAUAGCACCUUCCCCGAGCUUUGUGGGUCUUCCUAGAGAGUAUUUGGGUCUUCCCAAUUUCACCCAAAAUGGCAAUUUCUCCAAACAUCUCUUCGCCGUCGAAUUCGACACGUUUCAAGACUCCCGUUUCCAAGAUAUCGACGGCAACCACAUCGGCGUCGAUAUCGGCAGCUUCGUCUCCAAAGCAGCCAUCGCCUUGCAGAUUUCAGAAAGGGAGUACCAGGGAAGAGGCUCUCUUGGAUCAAAUGCCCCUCUAAACCCCUAG